GAAAUUUGCGAGGAAGAAAUCAAUGAUCUGCACCCGGACAUUAAGGCUGCGUACGGCUUAUGAGUUGUCUUCUUUACAUACGUAGCCAAUUCUCCAUUCUGUAGCGCAAGGAGCACUUUGAUCUCUUUCUCUCUCUCUCGUCCACACCAAAAACCAAUAAACCGAAGAAGUAACAAAUUUGUGCAAGCAGAAAUAGAGAAUGGCGGACUCUUCUUAUACGAGCCGGGUUAAGGUCCAAUCGACCCUCACGGCGGUAUCCAGCAAGCCGGUCGGAGCGGGUCAGGCCUACAAGCUAUCCGUUCGGGACCAUGCGAUGGGCGGCCACUCGGUUCACUUGAUCUUCUACUACCGGGACAUCCCGUUCGGGACGUUCGACUUGGACCCUCUGCGGGUCUCCUUGUCAGAGACCCUUUCUCUUUACCCGCCGGCCACCGGUCGGUUGGCCAGGGAUGGGAAUGGCAAUUGGGAAGUCAAGUGGAGCGACGCCGGCAUCCGGGUGCUCCAGGCUAAGGUAGGGGCCAGUCUCGACGAAUGGCUGCGAUCCGCUGACGGGAUCGAAGAGAGAGAUCUGACGGUUUGGGAGGACAUGCCCCAAGACCCUCACAUAUGGUCGCCGUUUCGGAUUCAGAUAAGCGAAUUUGAAGGAGGCGGUGUAGCCAUGGGCCUGAGCUGCACCCACCUGCACGCGGACCUGACCACCGCAGCCCGCCUCUUCCAGUCAUGGUCCCAAGUCCACCGCCGCGUCCCCGUCCGGCACCCGCCUCGCUUCCCCGACUCACCCCCCGCUCCAUUGCGGUCGCCAACUCACCCUGACUCGCUCUUACCCGACUCACCCUCAGUGUCCCCACCAUCCUUUACGUCCUCCGCCCAAAUGUCCUCGUCUACCUUCAAAUUCUCCGACCAAACCAUGGCGGGACUUGUCUCGGAGGUCAGCGAGUUGUGCCCGGAUGCCACACCGUUUGAUGUUGUCGCCGCACUCUUUUGGACUCGCAUUAUUGAAUUGAAACAACCUAGGAACAGUCGAGGACGCUGGAUUGCAAAGAUCGCCGUCGAUACGAGGGGGGUGCUGCGCGAGAAGCUGCCAUUAGGGUUCUUCGGCAAUGCCAUGCAAUUUUCUCCAGUAGAAGCACUGAGCGAAGACGGAAACGGCUGCGAAUUAUGGCAGACCGUGAAGCUAGUGCAUGAUUGUGUGUUGGGGAUCCAGGAAGGCGAGAAUCGCUCAGCUUCGGAGCAGUUCGAAUCAAGGAAAGAAGACGGAGGUGCAAGGUUUGUGUCAUCAGCCAAGGCAUACGGCCCGCAACUGACGAUAGUGAGCAUGGAGCACAUGGCAGGCGAUGCUAGUGUCGGAGGAGGACGGUGGUCGGAGAUGUACGAAGCAAUGUUUGUGGAUGGCGAGAGGCCCAUCCAUGUGUCAGUCGGUGUUGGGAACGCGAAAGGUGAGGGCCUGAUCAUGGUAGUGCCGGAGGAAGGGCUCGGUCGAUCAGUGACGGUGGUGCUGCCGGAGGAGGAGGCGGCAAGGUUGCACGAGGACCAAGAAGUGUUGAAGCUCGAACCCACCGUGAUUCUAAGCGGCCAACACAACAAUAACUCACGUUUUUAGUUUUUAAGACUUUGACAAAUGCAUUACUGACUGUAAAUCCAUUUUUUUGCGAAAUGUGAUAUGUCAAGACUAUCUGUUGUUGCAUAAGUGUCUCAUUAGGAAGAUAAGAG